AUGAGUGUGGCGGAGAAGCAGACACCCCCCGCACCGCGUGAGCGCCCGGUCACCCUCCUGGUCCCCACUUGGACUAAAAUGGGUAUUGCACUGUUGUAUGAUGAAGGGUCUGAAAAUGCUUUUGACAUCCGAUUGAAACUUACAAAAGAGGUACUCACAAUUCAAAAACAAGAUGUCAUCUGUGUUAGUGGAAGCAAUCAUAGUGCAAAUCACAGAACUGUUACACUUCGCAGACAACCUGUCGGGGGCUUGGGCCUAAGUAUUAAGGGAGGUGCUGAACACAAGGUACCUGUCGUCAUCUCAAAAAUAUUCAAAGAUCAAGCAGCUGACCAAACAGGAAUGUUAUUUAUAGGAGAUGCAGUAACACAGGUUAAUGGCAUUAAUGUAGAAAAUGCAACCCAUGAGGAAGUGGUACAUCUAUUACGAAAUGCUGGCGAUGAAGUUACCAUCACUGUUCAGUAUUUCAGGGAAGCUCCAUCAUUUCUGAAGCUCCCAUUAGGGUCCCCAGGACCAUCCAGUGAUCACAGCAGUGGGGCCUCUUCACCUCUCUUUGAUAGUGGUUUACAUUUAAAUGGAAACUCCACCAACACAGCACCAUCAUCACCUUCCUCGCCCAUAGCUAACGAACCAAAAUAUGAGAAGCGCUGGCUAGACACCUUAUCAGUUCCUCUCUCUAUGGCUCGAAUCUCAAGGUACAAAGCUGGAACAGAUAAAUUAAGAUCUAAUGCCUUUGAAGUGCUAGCGCUGGAUGGAGUCAGUACGGGCAUCAUUCAGUUUUAUACAUCCCAGGAGAGUGCUGACUGGCUAAGAGCAGUAUCAGCUAACAUUGGUGAUUUGACACUUCAAAAUAUGAAAAUGGCAAAUAAAUGCUGUUCUCCUUGUGACCAGGUUGUACAUAUGGGGUGGGUAAAUGAAAGGCCCCAGGGAAUUGACUCAUCUCAACCCUACAAACACAAGUUCCUGGCCCUGAAAGGUUCAUCCUUCUACAUUUUCAGCACUCCACCGGUGAGUACAUUAGAUUGGGUACGAGCUGAAAAAAUCUAUAACCUCUGUGAGGUACUAUUUAAAGUUCACAAGCUCUGGCUUGCUGAUGACUACUGGUUACAAGCAAACUUUUACCUAGGUCUUCACCAGGACUAUGACCUGGAAGACCAACGGCCAUAUUGCUUCAGUGUUAUGGUUGGACAGGGGAAAAGUCACUUUUUCAAUGUAGAGCUAGGGAGCGAGCUAGCUGUGUGGGAAAAAUCAUUCCAAAGAGCCAUUUUCAUGGAAGUUCAAAGGACAGGGUCCAAAACAUACAUGUGCAGCUGGCAAGGAGAAGCACUGUGCUUCACAGUGGAUUUUGCCUUGGGAUUCACCUGUUUUGACAGUAAAACAAAGAAUGUUCUCUGGAGGUUUAAAUUCUCUCAGCUGAAGGGAUCCUCAGAUGAUGGGAAAACUCGAGUAAAGCUGCUAUUUCAGAAUCUAGACACCAAACAAAUUGAGAUGAAGGAACUUGAAUUCCAGGACCUGACAGCUAUUUUACAUUGCAUACACUCCUUUAUUGCUGCGAAAGUGGCAUCGGUAGAUCCUGUGUUUAUAGACAGCCAGAGUAUUGCAAGAAGAUACAUGUAUAGCAACUGA